AUGGUGUUUGCUGUAUUUUCUUCUAAUCCUCGUGUGGAAAUUGAGGGAUCAAAGACGAUCCAGGACCUUAUUAACACUGUGAAGCCGGCGGGCGAUAGCAAGAAAUGCGGUAAGUAUAUUCAUUGUUUCUUUCUGUUUUUAGGUAAUAUUUAUCUUCUACAUCACCUUUAUUUAAAAUAGAGGUUGAUGGACACCUAAAAACAACCAACAGUGAUGUUAACGAUAUUACACUAAACUAACUUGUUUUAGUUGUGUUUUUCCGUGGUCAAAAGCUCUCCGAUGACCAAAUUAUUGACCAAAUCGCUGGAAUAAAGCCUCAGAAUGCUCUUCGUGUUCUCUACGAUGUCACAGCUGCGGAAACUGAAAAAAUGGAGACUUCUGUGGAUCAACAACUUGUGUCGACCUUGGAAAAUUUGCAAGAACCUCAAGUUCAGAAGGUAAUCUCUUGGUUAAAUGAUUAUGUUAGGGUCGAGUAGCUUUUCCAUCAGCUUUUUUAGUAAUUUAUUGAAUGUUUUAAAGUUGUUUUGGCUGUAAAAAAGUUUAAAAUAUAGCUUCAAGCUACGUUUUUUGUUGAAAAAUUGCCUUUUUUCUUCAUUUUUGAUGUUUUAAAAUCUAAAAACCGGCUUUUAAUUUUACAAAAACUAAAAAAUUUACUGUUGCAGAUUGCCGACGUCAUCACCAAGCCUGAUUUCAAGCGCCAUUAUGCUGCAAAAUACUCGAAAAUCCUGGAAAACUCGACCUUCCUCAACCUCCUGGCCGACUUUUCGCAAUGGCAAGAUGGAAUCAAGAUGUAUCCCGAGUUCUGCCAAUUUGUACGUCACGUUAUUGAUGAAGUCAUACCAAAAGACGCAUUUGGUCGUAUUUUCAACCCAGCCGGGCCAUCAAUCCGAAGUGUACCACCAGCGAACGCUGAUAACCGAAUCACGGCUGAUGCUCUUCAGAAUGCUUUUGCUUCAGUUAUGGGCGGCAAUCUUGAUGCAUUAGCACAGAAUUCCCAAAAUCUGCCAACUCAAAGCGCCUCGGCUCCAAACCUACCUUCUCAAGGCACGGAAGCACCACCAGUACCACCUGUACCACGAGAGAAUCCGAUGGAGACCUACCGAAGUCAGUUGGAUCAAUUCAGAGAAUUCGGAUUCACUGAUGACGGAGAGAAUGUACAGUAUCUGAUUGUGACUCAAGGAAACUUCGAAAUGGCAUUGGAGCUGCUGAUCAGAUCAAGAGAAGAACAGUAA